GCAGGGAGAGCAGGCAGGGAGAACAGGCAGGGAGAGCAGGCAGGGAGACCCCCCGGCAGCCGCACACUGAGGGAACCGACUCGGGCUUGAAUUUUCAUGCCCAAACAAGCUCCAAACUCCCGCUUUUCAGCAAAAGGCUCCGACGGCACCGAGGGCGCGAUGGUUUCCCCGCCGGCUCUUGGCACGCUGGAUGCCACCCGGCUUGGCCCACGCCGAGGUUGCAUUUAAUUCUUGCAAGAGUGCAAACUGCUAACUGCUCUCCAGCAGCUCGGCUGGCUUCGGUGCUUCUCCACGAGCUGUGAUUUAUUGGAGCCCGCUAGUUCCCGGGGGCUCGGGAUGCGGCGGGAGAGGCUGGGACCCUCCUCUCCCUGCCCUGCCGGGCUCCGCAUCGGGCUCCGGGGGGAAUCUCUCGGCUCCGCGUCACUCUUUGCCGUUGGCAUCUCCCGAAAGCUUUUUCGGAGACUGCAAGAGAUUUGGGUCCGGGCUCCGCGGCAAAGUUCCCCGAGAUACCCCCAAAGCGCACGUGGAUGAAUGGCCGGUAUCGCCACGGCUGCGUCCCCGAGCCAGCGGCUGCGUGCAGCGUGCCAGCGGAUCAGCUAAAGCCCGGGGACGAUGAGAACCGUCACGGCCAAGAGCCAGCCGGGGCCGGGACCUGGAGGAGCCGUUGAGGCGCGGUGCCACAGCUGAGGCCGGUGUGCCGAGCUGUGCCGGAGCCCUGCGGCCGGCGGCAGAUGCUCUCUGCCCGGCACGUGGAGCCGCUGGGGGCCCUCGCCGCGGCCGGACCACGCGGAUGGAAAGCUGCAGCCCGGCAGGGAGCCUCGCUGGCCGGCUGACGCCAUCCCGCGCCCUAUGCCCGAGCCCUAUGCCGGAGCGGGCGCCCUCCCCGGCUCAGCCGCCCGCCGACCAUGAAGUGCUCGUUGCGCUUCUGCUUCCUCUCGACCGCCUUCCUGCUCGUCUUCGUCAUGUCCCUCCUCUUCACCUACUCCCACCACAGCAUCGCCUACCUGGACCCCGGCGGGCUGGGCAGCAUCCACCGGGUGAAGCUGGUGCCCGGCUACGCCGGCAUGCAGCGGCUCAGCAAGGGGGGGCCGUACCCCCGGGGCUGCGCCUGCCGCCGCUGCCCGGCCGAGGAAGCCAGGGCUGCCGACUGGUUUGACGGGCGCUACGACGGCACCAUCUCCCCGGUGUGGACCAAGGAGAACAUGGACCUGCCGCCCGACGUCCAGAGGUGGUGGAUGAUGCUGCAGCCCCAGUUCAAGUCCCACAACACCCACGAGGUCCUGAGCAAGCUCUUCCAGAUCGUGCCGGGCGAGGAUCCCUACCGCUCCCGCGAUCCGCACCGCUGCCGCCGCUGCGCCGUGGUCGGCAACUCGGGCAACCUGCGCGGCUCUGGCUACGGGCCGGAGAUUGAUGGGCACGACUUCGUCAUGCGGAUGAACCAGGCCCCCACAGUGGGUUUUGAGGGCGACGUGGGCGGUCGGACCACGCACCACUUCAUGUACCCCGAGAGUGCCAAGAACCUGCCCGCCAACGUCAGCUUCGUGCUGGUGCCCUUCAAAACCCUGGACCUGCUCUGGAUCGCCAGUGCCCUCUCCACCGGCCAGAUCAGGUUCACGUACGCACCCGUGAAGCCUUUUCUGCGAGUGGACAAAGAAAAGGUGCAGAUCUACAACCCUGCCUUCUUCAAGUACAUCCACGACCGCUGGACGGAGCACCACGGGCGCUACCCCUCCACCGGCAUGCUGGUGCUCUUCUUCGCCCUCCACGUCUGCGACGAGGUGAACGUCUUCGGGUUCGGCGCCGACAGCCGGGGCAACUGGCACCACUACUGGGAGAACAACCGCUACGCCGGGGAGUUCAGGAAGACGGGGGUGCACGACGCCGACUUCGAGGCGCACAUCAUCGACAUGCUGGCCAAAACCAGCAAGAUCGAGGUUUACCGGGGGAACUGAGGGCUGCGCCUCCUCCCGCUCCCCUGCGCCGGCCGGGUCCCGGCUGCCCGCGGGGACGGCGAGGGUCUCCCCGGCAGCCUCGGGCGACGAGCGCCGGGUGGGCAGUGCGGCCCCCGCGCCACCGACGGAGCCGUCCCCGGCGAAAUUUGGUGCCUCCAGCAGCCAAUCAGGUUCAGAGCUAAAGGAGACUUUUUUUUUUUUAAUUAUUAUUAUUAUUAUUAUUAAGAAACCCAGCUAAGAAAGGAUUUGUAAACACAAUCAGCGACUGACCGGGCGGCGGGGGCGUCCGCCUCCCAUCUCUUUACUAUCAAACCAAAUGCUGCUCUUUUUAAAUCAAGACAUACCCCCCCCCCCCCCGAAGCCGGGUGACUUUGGGGAGCGCCCGAGCAUCGCGUCCAGGCCAGGGGAGACGUGGCGGCCGAGGGCUCGGCUCCCCCCUCCCCGGUGCCACAGCCUUGCCAGUGGAACCAGCUGCUUCUUUCUUCCUUUAUUUUGUUUUUUGGGUUUUUUUUUUUUAACCCACCUGGGGCAGCCGCCAUCGUUCCUUCCCCGGUGAAGGCUCCCGGCACACAGGCAGAUCCCGGCACGGCUGCAAACGCACGGACCCAUCGUGGCAAAGCCGACCGUCGCCGAUGCUCCGCUGCCGGCGCAGCUGGGCUGGGGGACGGAGAGGAACUCCGGCUUCGGAGCCGGGCAUCCCCGCUGCUCUACCUGAGGACCGAGGAAGGGUAGGACGGAUUUCGGGAGCAACCAGGCAAAAGGCAGCUAAGAAACCCGCAGGAGCGACAGCCCGGUCCCUCCGGCCAGGCUCCCUCGCGGGAUGCUCGAGGGAUGCGGGAUGCGGCAGCGGGUCCGGCCCCGCCGGAGGGAAGGAGAUGAGAUUUCCCUUCGCUUUUGGGCCGGGAAAAACCAGAUUAGAGAUAGCUUUAGUGGGUGAAGGACCUGUGCUUUGGCUUUUGUGUUGCUGUAAACAGACAGCUCCGGAGAGAAGCUGAAAUCCCAAAGUCUUUGCUCUGUUUGUGAGGGUGAGGUUUGGUUUUCACCCGUCUGGUACAGCCGGUGCCCUGGGGGGUACCCGGGGCUUUUCGGGCUGGACAGGCUGCCCCAGGGCACGGGACAGGGAGAUGCAGAAGGAAACAGCGUCCCCGGGGGUGUAAUUAAAACCACUUUCUUUAGGUCAAUCAGGUGGGUGGGGUGGUUUUGGGUUUGUUGUUGUUGAUUUUUUUUAUUUUGAGGAGAUGCUGGAAGGCUGAAGAAAAAGGCAAUCAUGGAAAAGGAACCCCGGAGAGGGACCCUCCGCCUGCGCAGCCGGUGACGGCGGUGGGUGCCCAGCACGACGGCAAAGCCCUGGCUGCAAGAGUUAUUUGAGGAACAAUCACCACAGGGGUUUUUUGGACUUGGAGUUUGGGGGUUUUUUACCCUUUUAUAUCUGGCUUUUCCGUAGCAGCCUCUCAGCUGUUUCUCUACUUUGGUUUGGUUGUUUUUCAGGGUUUUCUUCUUUUUUUUUUUUUGAGGUUUCUCUACAAUCAUGAAACGUGAGGGUUUGGGUCGCCUGGAGCAGGCACUGAGCGUCCCCUGGGCUGGGGACCUCUGUCUUUUUUUGUCUGCAGGGCUUUAAAACUGGGGUUUGUGGCAGGUUGUGGUAGGAGCGGUGCCGCCCUGGUGAGAACAGCCCUGCGACCGCCACGGCCAGCCCCGAACCCGGCUCCUCUCCCCGGGAUGCGGAGGCAGGUUAUAGCCAGCCCCUGUCUCCCACCUACCUGGGUUGUUUUUCUUUUUUUUUUUUUUAGGGGAAGAAAAUUUAAAAAUAAAAAAACAAACACAAAAA